AUGAUUCGCCCGGAUCAUCUACCAGAACAGUGUAUCGAAGCUCUUCGUGGGAUUGAUCCAAAUCCACCGAAUGAUGGUCGAAAAUGGUGCAGCGCAACAUUCGACACCGUACUCUGUUGGCCACCCGUGCCAGCUGGUGAAAACUACACCCUUUCAUGUCCUCCUUUGAAGGGACUUGACCCAGCAAAAAAUGUCACCAAAUUCUGUGAGAUCACCGGCCGAUGGGGCGGGAAAAACGCGACGGAUUUCAGGAACACUGCAGGGUGGACAAAUUACACUACAUGUUUCACUGAUGAAGUGUUGGCGAUUGUGCAAAGUUUCUCUUCUCCCAUGAUGAAAGAAAUGCAAAAACUUUCGCAAAACUUGCGAAUUGCUGAGCUGAUCGGCUACGUGGUUUCGACUUUGGCGUUGCUCUUUGUACUUGGAUUGUAUCUGAAAUUUCGGCGACUUCGUUUUUUUCGUAACAUGAUCCACAUUUGCACAAUGAUUGCUCUACUGAUUGUUGGGAUUACAAGACUAAUCCUCUUUGUUGAUCUCAUGACUGAAUGGAGAUACGUUACAAACAUGCCAUUCGUCUGUGAGCUCUUUUUCUUUGUUUUAGAAUAUGGGAAGAUCUGUGUGGUUGCUUGGAUCUUUUUAGAAACAUUCUAUGUUCACAAUCGGAUCUGUUGGAAUCUUUGCAGGAAAGAGUCUCUUGCGGCUUACCUUGGAUUCGGUUACUUGCUCCCUUUCAUCAACGCUAUCUUUUGGUUGCUUUCUUUGUGGAAAGAUCACAACUUUAAAAUGGAGAAAUGUCUAGGAAGCUAUUACUUACGGAGCAUGUUAAUUCUCAGCGUUCCAAAGUUGAUUACAAAUACAUUAACAAUGAUCAUGUUGUUAAACAUCGCUCGAGUCCUUUUAUGUCAUUACAAGAACUACGUACCAACAGUCGAAUACAAAAGAAUCAAAAUCCACAUUGUGAUUGCCUUUUUCCUGUUUCUCCUGGUGGCAAUUCCAGAGAUUCUUCACUUGUUCCCACUUUCAUUAAACAAAAAUACUUUCCUGCUAUUCAAAAUCUACUCCUACACGUUAACAAUCAGCAUGGUUCUUCAAGGGAUUAUUGUAGCUGUGAUUUUCCUGCUUCUUAACAAAGAGGUCAUUGACGAGUUCAGAGAUCUUUCGUGGAGACGCAAAAACUCAAAGAUGGUCUUACAAAAUCCAGUUUGCUUUACAAGU